UUCAGGGAAAGUUAUCUUUGCUAAAAUGAUUUCUGAUUGGGCUCUCAGGGUUCAAUUUAAUAAAUACUUUACCACGUGGUGGAAAAAGAGAAUAUUGCCAACUCGUUUCUUGCGGACAUGAGAACGAAGUGGGUAAAGUUCGCCGACCGUUGGGACCUUACUUUCUUUCCACCGACGAGGGACAAGGGCCUUAGUGUAUUGAUAUUUGCAUGGAGACAGCCGCAUACCCCAUAAAGUCCCUCUCAUCAUGCCAUCAAUUAAAAAUCUACUCAUCAGCAUACACACAAGCGAUGGAAGUUCUUCGACGUUAUGCUACAGAAGCACCCGAUCAGCGUGCUUGGGUAGAUACCAAACCCACAUUUAUUCUUAGUUGGUGGUGUACAAUUUUUGCCAUUACUAUAAUUUUGUUUCGGAUUUCUGGUAGAUAUGUUCGAACGGAGAAGCUCUAUCUUGAAGAUGGCAUUAUGAUGUUUGCAAUCAUACCUCUGCUCAUGAGAAUGGCUUUCGUCCAUGUCAUCUUAAUGUUUGGCACCAAUAACUCUCUGACACUCGGUUUAUCAUCAGAAGAUGUACGGAAAAGAAGGAUUGGGAGUCAGCUUGUUUUAGUCUCAAGGAUUAUGUAUGCUAUGUAGUAUGUCUAUGUUCGAGUGUCUCUCAAGAUGGUACUGACGACCAAAGCCUAUGGGCUAUAAAAUACAGUACCAGCAUAUUCUUACGUUCUCUGACCGGACAAAUCUGGCAACGAGUACACCAUAAACUACUCAAAUAUCUUCAUAUUAUGCUCGCCGUUACCUUCUUAGCCACCGUUGUCAGUGAUAUUGCUGAGUGUCAACCUUUUACCCACUACUGGCAGGUUAUUCCAGAUCCUGGACCAAAAUGCCGUCAAGGCUACGCGCAAUUUUUCACAGCCGGCAUUCUUAAUAUGAUUACAAAUUUUGCAUUGAUCAUCUUUCCUGUUCCAAUGAUUUUGAAGUCAAAUUUAUCAACUCACCUCAAACUAAGCGUUAUUAUACGUUUAGCGCUUCCAAUACUAUGUAUUUUUGCAACGAUCAACCAGCUCAGGAGCGUAGUGUCUCACAACGGCGAUCAGCAAAUCCGUUCACUCCUGGCUUCCCGUAAGCUCUUUCAUCACCCAAUGACACUCAAACCCUAGCUAACACAGGCUGAAGUCGACAUUCUCCUCACCACCAUGGCAUCUAAUGCCUCAGUAAUCGGCUCGCUCCUCCAAGACAAAGGCUACAAGAAAACGAAAUACAAACCUCCCAUCUACUGCGAUAUUCCCUCCCGUGCUCUUUCUUCCCGCUAUACUGGUAGGCUUGACAGUGAUGAGGCUCUCAUAGUUGAAAAUCCCGAUGUAGAUGGAAAAGGCGCUACUAUGAUCGCAUUAGAUCUUUUACAUGAUAUCAGGGGUCGGGAGAAUAACCAAGCGAAGAAGUUUGAUAGGGGCGAAGUAGGAAGCGGACUGACGAAACCUGAGCAUGUUUGGGGCUGUGACCAGAUUAGAGUUGAAAGGGCAUGGGAUGUAAAAAUCACGAAAGACGAUAUGCCUGGGAGCGGCCGAAUAAAUGAAAAAUAAUACUCGGUAUAGGAAUUCGAUUCCAAUGUAUCAUCAGCUCUCAUGUAUUGGUUUUAGUGUUCAUGAUAACGAAAUUUGUAUUAUGCCGGUUAUGUAAGAUCUCAACUUCUUGAAUACCAUAUAAAGCAUAUACUUAAUUUCCUGUAGUUUGUAAUAUAUACAAUGACGUGUGAAAUAUUCUGAGAAUGUCCUAGAGGCGACAAAAUUAGUUCCUAAUGGU